GAAACCUGAUCUUAUCUUAUCCGAGAUAAGGAGAUGGUGAUUGGCUUGCUGAUAAGGCUCAUUUGGGGAGUUGAUUUAGACACGAAUUUCAUCCUUAGAGGGUGGUGAUGAGCGCCGAGCAAUCACGUCAUUAGCAUAAAGGGAGGGAUGUAGCUUAGAGCCAAGUUUUGUCUUGAACAGGUAGCGCAGAGUGAGGAGAACAUGUCCGCGGCGACCUUCGCAUCCUACGUAAUCGGUAAACUCUCCGGAAGUGACAGAGUGGACGCCGCGACCUCCAGCAUGGCUUCCAGGACCCCCCCGACGCCCCGCCUGACAGCCGUGUGGCGCACCAAGUCUAUCCCCUACGACGUGCCGAGGACAGAGCCCCACACCUUCAAGUCCGACGGCUCGCUCCUCAGAAUCCUUCGGGCAAAGUCCAUGCCGUCCUUGAACCUCGAGGACGAGAUCCCCGGGCGCUCGCUGCGGCCCAUGUCGCCGCUCUCCAUCGGCUCCCCGGUGAGCAGCAGGUCGGCCUCGCCCCUGCCGAUGGUGAGGAGCAAGACUUUGAAUCCCCGCCUCGAUCGGAACACGGUGACGCCGCCGCCCAGCCCGAGCCUCAGCAACCCUGCCUUCGGCAGCCCCCCGCAGCGCCGGAGGUUGGAGAGAACCACCUCCGACGGCGCACUGCUGGUAAAGCGAAGGCAGAAGCGCAGUGAGUUUGAGAACGAGUUCCCUUCCGGAGGCACGCCCUCCGUCAGAGCCCUCAAGAACGUGUUCGACGCCAAGUCAAAUGAAUCGGUGACCAGCGACAGGUCCCCUCUGUCGCCCAAGGGGAAAUGGCCGCUCCCUUCGCCGACGAAGAGCGUGGAGGUCGCUAGCCAGGCCCUGAAGACGGAGCCUGAGGCGGCGACACGCCAGGUGAAGCCCGUCCGCCAUGGAAGUCUCGAGCAUUAUGAGAGGGGGGAGGAGAAAAAGACAAAAGAAAUUGGCACAUCACAACCCUCGUUCAAAGAAAUUUUGAGGCGUUUUCAGCAGCCUGAUAAGCUGGAGAAGGAGGCAACAACCCUCCAGGCCCAUAAGUUACCACGAGAGACUGCCAGGCAAGUGAACAUCAUUGUGGUAGAUAAGGCUUUAGUCCGUGAGGUGCAGUCUGAACCGAAGCCAAAAGCCCACGUUCCUGUGUCCAGACAGCGGUCCAAGAGCGAACCGGAGCCUAACACAAAGCGUCCACACGUUCUUGCAAGUCCUGUGUCGGUGAAGAGAUUGAAGAUGCAGUUUGAGAGUCAAGGAGUAAAAGAUUCCUUUGCAUCGCCCAUACUGUUGCCCCCACGCAGAGAAGCCACUAAACUGAGAAAGCAGUUCGCUGUACGUCACAGCAGCUCGGAGUCAGAGGACGAUGUCUUUGACAUGGACCUUCCCUGUGCUGUGAAGAAGCCAGAGCCGGUGCUGAUCGAAACGACAGAAGCCAGUUCAGUCACUCCCUCUGUGAGUAACUUGAGACAGCAAUUUGAAAAGGCCGCAUCUGCCCAGUCUUUCUCGAAGACUGUUGGGAGGGAUGAUGUUACCGUCAGAAGGAUUCAGUGGUCGACAACACAGGACUUGCGGGCGCCCUUCGAGAGCGCUGAGCAGAACAAAGAGGUCCAACGGGAAAGGCCAGUGCGCCCCUCUCUGUCCGAGAUCAACACUCAUAACACGGUCAAGAACCUCUUACAGCAAUUCCAGACUACCACACCCGAUCAGCCUGUGGAAGAAAUGACAAACAAGUUCUCUUUCGAGGUAAGAGAGACUCCUCACUCAAAGGAAGUGUCAAAUUCAGAUGUUAAGUCCUACAUCAAAUCUUAUGAGGCCUCAAGCAGUCCGCAGACUCGUCACAGAAAUCUUGAUGGGGAGGAGAGUGAACCGAGACCCGUGGAAUCCCUUCGGCAUGGAGUGGUCACGCAGGAGAAGUCCCCUGUGCAAAGACAUAGGAGCUCAAGUAGUUCAAGUGAUGAUAGCACUGAUAGUCAGGAACCCGAUGAACUCUUACUGUCUGUCAAAAGAGGAAGCGCAGAAAGAGACCAACAAAUCGAAGAUUACUGGAGGAAUAAAGAAGAAACGUUGGUGAACAGGAGAAAAGAAGAAGAGAGAAGUUACGGUUACAGAGACGAGACAGACGCCGACAGACUGGAGAAUGAAAAACUGCUUCAGAAACAACGAUUAACUCACUUAUUACAUAGUGAGAGUGAAGAGGAAGACAACACUACAUCAGGGGAAGACGAAGCCAGAGGACAGCAUAUAGACAUUAAAGAAGAAAUCAGGCAAAUGGAGACCCUCGUCAAAGAAGCCCUGGCUGCGCCAUCACAGACUAACAAGGCAGAAGACACCCACAGUAAGAUUGACACCCUAAUAACCGACUUCGAGAAGAACCAGAAGCAAGACGGUCGUGUGAGAAGCAGCUCAGUUCUCUCAGAAGACCUCGGGCUCGAAUCCUCGCAUGGCAAAGUAGGACACCUGAUUGACAAAUUUGCCAACGUACGUGAUGCUGACUCGGACGGCGACAGCAGUGACGGCGAGGGAAAAGGUGACAGAAAGAAGAGCAGUGCAACGCGUUCUGAAGAGACGGCACUCGACGCCUCACCUGGCAAAGUAGGCCAUCUCAUCGACAAGUUUGCUAAGGUGCGGACAGACAGUAUUAGCGAAGACGAUGACAAAGACAAAGCUGACAAGGAGCCGAGGGAGCGAAAAGAGUCGGACAUCACCUCCCUGAUCGACAAGUUCGCCAAGAUCAACCAUCCCCGCGUCAAGAGCACGUCCACCUCGUCCGAUUCCGAUGCCGAGAAGCCUCCUGCGGCCGAGAAGGAGAAGCCCCCCGUGCCGACGAUCCCCACCAAGAGCAUCCCCGGGAAAGUGCGAACCCUGAACCCUGACGAGCUCCGGUUCUUCGGCAUGGGGGGGUCCAGCGAACCCUUCGUGCGCAGUCAGAGCCUCAGGGUCAAGAAGGCGGACCCGCAGCCCUUCUAUCCCCGCGGAGGGUCCUUGAGGGUGAAGAAGAGCGAGCCCCUGCCGGUGAUUCCCGCCGCAAAAAAGCUGCCGAGGAACUGCCGCAACCUGAAGCCCGACGAGCUUCGCUUCUUCGACAUGGGCAACAACAACAACGUGUACAGCAAUCUGACGUCCAAGUCCAACUCGCAGAACUCGUCCUGCGCCUCGACUCCCACGACGGAGAAGGAGGACGCUUU